UUCGAGAGUAAAACUCUCCUAUUCAAAAACCUUUAAAUACCACGAAACUUGUUCAGUCACCAAGUCUCUUCUACACUGACACAAGUUACCGAUCAACUACGGCCUGCGAUCGACGUCAUUGAUUCGCAGCAAAAAUGAAAACAUCAUACGCACUCGGCAUUAUCAUUGCGGCUUUAAUCUGCAAAACGCUCGCACAAAUCCCCAAUGAUGCCCCGCAGCACUUGCCAUGUCCAUCGCCAUAUCCAUAUCCACCACCCUGCAAGGACUCUUCUUAUAGGAUUCACUCGUCACCUUACAAAGGGGUUACCUGUGACAUGUUGCAUAUUAGCCUCUCUCCUCCAUCCUCCUGUGCAUAUGAUGUAUGUUACGUUUCUAUCCCGAUACCCGGUCAGACAUGCCCCUACAUUGUCUAUGGUUACAAUUGCAAAUCAGGAAAUCACCCUAACGGAUGCACCAUCACAAACACUUGCCGGAGUACAUACAAAUGUGUACAACGUCCGGGUACCUCGUUAUACGAGAUCCCAUAUUGUGAAUGUUGAGGACUCGGAAUGCCGGUUGAGUGAAUCAAGUGCUCUCACCAAAUCUUCGUUAUGAUAUAUAAUAUAUAUUUUUCCGUUAUGAUAUAUAACAUAUAUAUAUAUCGAAUAUUUCAGGAUACAUUUUGAAGCACUUAAUGUAUGUAAUCACGAAGUUUCACGACUAAUAAAUAUCUUUUGAAAUGCAUAUUUUUGC